AUGGUGCUUCACAGACAGGCCGAUGGUGCUUCACAGACAGGCCGAUGGUGCUUUACAGACAGGCCGAUGGUGCUUUACAGACAGGCCGAUGGUGCUUUACAGACAGGCCGAUGGUGCUUCACAGACAGGCCGAUGGUGCCGAUGGUGCUUCACAGACAGGCCGAUGGUGCUUCACAGACAGGCCGAUGGUGCUUCACAGACAGGCCGAUGGUGCUUUACAGACAGGCCGAUGGUGCUUUACAGACAGGCCGAUGGUGCUUUACAGACAGGCCGAUGGUGCUUCACAGACAGGCCGAUGGUGCUUCACAGACAGGCCGAUGGUGCUUCACAGACAGGCCGAUGGUGCCGAUGGUGCUUCACAGACAGGCCGAUGGUGCUUCACAGACAGGCCGAUGGUGCUUUACAGACAGGCCGAUGGUGCUUUACAGACAGGCCGAUGGUGCUUCACAGACAGGCCGAUGGUGCUUCACAGACAGGCCGAUGGUGCCGAUGGUGCUUCACAGACAGGCCGAUGGUGCUUCACAGACAGGCCUGAACUGCAGCAUUUCAGUUUGA